AUGGAAGAAGAUGAUGAAGAAGUUUCCAUACCUUGGAUACAAAAGGAUAAAAGUGAAACACCUGAUGCCAGUCUUUAUAGAUCGGUACAAAGUAAUUUAAAUGCAGGUUCUGUGCAAACUUUGUAUCAGAGUGUUCGCAAUACUAUAUAUGAUGCUGGAAGUAUGAACAGUUUAAACAGUAUGCACAGUGCAAUAUCAAUGGAAGAAAUUCGGCAGCCUGAUAAUGUCAAUACAUUGAUUAUUAACAAUGAAGCAAAUGUAACAAUUCUUGAUGGUAGUUGUACAGAUUUAAGGGACAGUAGAAGAGGUUCCAGAAUUGUCUCGAAUUCCAAACCAGCAUUUAGUUCAUACUUUCAAGAUGAAGUUCGUACAAUUGAUUUUGUCCUUGUUUGGGAUGAAUAUAACACAGAGGCUCAAAGAUAUCGUAGCACAGAAUGCAGACGGGUAUUUGAAAAGAACUUGGAAAAGGAGGGUUUACAACUGGAGUACGAGCAAGCCGAACCAAAUGGUCUUCAUUUCAUAAAGAUACACGCGCCAAGAGAUGUAUUAAGACGGUAUGCCGAAAUAUUGAAACUUAGACUGCCAAUGACGAAAGAUUUAGAAGGCCGAAGAGUUCCCGAGAACCGUGGCAACACAUUGAUCAAUGAGGUCAAUUCAUUAUUCAAAAGAAUCAUGAAAAAAUACUACGUCGACGAAACGAUCUUUCCGACGAUGAAACACAACUUCACGGCAGUUUACAGCCGUGAUAAAGAAUAUUUAUUCGACCUCGAUUCGCCGAAUUUUUUUACCGCCGCAACGCGCGCCAGGAUAGUACACUUUAUUUUAGACAGGACCAGAUUCACCGAGACCAUGGACGACGAUUUUGCAUUUGGAAUAGAAAGGCUGAUUUCGGACAGAGCGUACGUGGCUGCAUAUCCUCUACAUGAUGGUGAUCUACAAUCACCAGAGUCGAUGAGAUAUCUUUUAUACACUGAAUGGGCCAGUCUGAAGAAAUGUCUUCAUUAUCAACCCUUAGAUUAUAUCAAAGAAUAUUUUGGUGUAAAAAUUGGCCUUUACUUCGCUUGGCUUGGUUUUUACACGCAUAUGCUGAUACCAGCUAGUGUCGUUGGUCUUCUUUGCUUUAUAUAUAGUUGUGCAACCCUAUAUUCUAAUGAACCAAGCGAAGACGUUUGCAAUGGUAAUGGUACCAUUCUAAUGUGUCCCUUGUGUGACCACUUUUGUGGAUAUUGGGAUUUGAAAGAGACUUGUCUGCAUUCAAGAAUUACAUAUUUAUUUGAUAAUCCAUCUACUGUAUUUUUUUCUAUAUUUAUGUCAUUAUGGGCUACGUUGUUUUUGGAAUUGUGGAAGAGAUACUCGGCUGAAAUAACCCAUAAAUGGGACUUGACUGGUUUAGAUGCUCAAGAGGAACAUCCUCGACCCCAGUACUUAGCACGUUUAGCACAUGUAAAAAAGAAGUCCCUCAACAUUAUUACAAAUACCGAAGAACCAAAGGUACCAUUUUGGAAAAUGAGACUGCCUGCCACGAUUCUUAGUUUUUCAGUCGUUUUAUUAUUGAUUGCCAUAGCCAUGGCGGCUGUCUUAGGAGUUGUUCUAUAUCGGAUGUCUGUGUUAACCGCGUUAAGCGUUUAUGGACAUCCUAUGGUAACCAGUUAUGCGAUACUCUUUACUACAGCUACUGCAGCCAGUAUCAAUUUGUGCUGCAUUGUUGUGUUCAACUGGGCCUAUGUUUGGUUGGCAGAAUAUUUAACAGAGAUCGAAUUACUCCGAACACAAACUGAAUUCGACGAUAGUUUAACAUUAAAAAUAUAUCUACUUGAAUUUGUAAAUUAUUAUGCUUCCAUAUUUUAUAUAGCAUUUUUCAAAGGAAAGUUCGUUGGGUAUCCAGGAAAUUAUAAUCGGUUUUUUGAUUAUCGGCAAGAGGAGUGUGGUCCUGGUGGCUGCCUUAUGGAGCUGUGUAUACAAUUGAGCAUCAUUAUGAUUGGCAAACAAGCGAUGAAUACAAUAUUAGAAAUGCUUUUCCCACUAUUUUACAAAUGGUUAAAUACCUUGAAAGUACACGUUGGAAUGAAGACGAAUGGAGAGAGAAAAACUACCGCCAGAAAAUAUCUUCAAUGGAUCAAAGACUAUAAAUUAGUAGAAUGGGGCCCGAGAAGUUUGUUCCCGGAGUAUUUAGAAAUGGUAUUACAAUACGGGUUUGUUACCAUUUUCGUUGCUGCAUUUCCGUUAGCGCCAUUUUUUGCAUUACUGAAUAACGUUUUUGAAAUGCGACUGGAUGCGAAAAAAUUGUUAAUAAUGUACAGAAGGCCAGUCGGACAGCGUGUCAUAGACAUAGGUAUAUGGUAUCGUAUUCUCGAUUCCAUUUCCAAACUGUCUGUUAUAACAAAUGCGUUUAUUAUAGCUUUUACAUCGAAUUUUAUACCACGAUUAGUUUAUCGAAUCACCGUGUCCGACAAUUAUUCUCUAGAAGGUUUCUUGGACCAUUCCCUGUCGAAGUUUAAUACGAGCGAUUUAAAAAAUGGAACUGAACCGUUUUCCUUACCCGCCCACGAACAGAUUGACACAUGCAGGUAUCCAGAUUACAGGGAACCACCAAACUCAUCAAAUAAAUAUCAAUAUUCGAUCAUGUUUUGGCAUGUAUUAGCCGCAAGAUUAGCUUUCGUUGUUGUAUUCGAGAAUAUCGUGGCUCUCGUGAUGAUACUUAUACGAUGGUGCAUUCCCGAUAUGAAUCCAAAAUUACGGGAUCGUAUUCGACGGGAGGCGUAUAUGACCAAUGAAUUAAUUAUUCGACAAGAAGCACGCCGCGCGUGUGUUAGAUCGGCUGACGUGAACGAGAACACCAAUCGGUGGAGCAGGGUCAUGAGAACUAGUUUGUCAAAUUCAGAAUUUGAUUUAGAAAUUCAUGGAAGUCCUGUGCCUGCUUCUAAUACACAUUCAAGAGUGGGUCCAGCUGCACUAUGAUAAUUUUAAAAUGACAAUGAUAUUUAAAACUAUUCCACCUGGAAGUCUAUUGACGUUCGAAGUUCUACCGACAGUAGUGUGGACAGUAAGAAGGUUUAAGAAAGAAAGUGCUUAAUUACGCA